AUGCCAGUCGGAUCCUCUCCAAUUGUGCUGCCCAGCAGAAAAUCGAAAACGCGGGGGCUCAGCAUCGUCAGCGAGCGAACGACUGACUUCGAGAGCAGCCCGUCCCCACGUACCAGUCAGAACGACUCCGGCGACUCAGCGCCCGCUCGCAAGAAACGUCGAAGGACAGCUUUGACACGAAAUGCCUGUACCAAAUGUCGUCUCGCGAAAGCCAAGUGCUCCGGCAAACACCCGUCUUGUGCUCGCUGUGAGGCGAGUAACGUCACCUGCGUCUAUGAUGUCUCCGACGAAGGCGUCACACGAACGCAGAAUCUACAACAGAAGCUUGAGGUGAAGAGUCGAGACUACGAUCGCGUCAUGAGUGUGCUUCAAAGGCUACAGAGUGGCACUGACAACGAGGCCGCCGGUCUGCUAGCUCGGUUGAGGUUGGGCGAAAGUGUCGAGCAGGUUACUGAGGAUAUGGCACCGCGUUCUAUUGAAGGGUCCACAGGUCGCUAUUCCGAGUCGAGCUCACCACAAUAUCAAAGCUCAAUGACCGCAUUCCAAAGCUGGUCUCCUUCACCAGACCUGCAGGCCUAUGCAGGAACCAUGCCCUACUUCUCGCAAGCCACAGGAAGCAGUUUCGACCUUCCACAACUCGCCUCAAGACCAGUCCAACCCAUACACGGUACCGCAGCAGGUCGACACAAGCCAUUCACCUCCCCCGUCUCCACAAGUCCAAUGGACAUGUACGACCCAAGUUCACCACACGGGUACCAUUUCAUCGACCCAAACUACGCCCCGGACGCAUGA